AUGGAAUACAAUAGGAAAAAAACCCCUUCUUUAAAUUUUUUAAAAAAACCUUUAAAAUUUAAGGAUAGAACAUCAUUUAUAAAUUAUCCAAAUAAUAAUACUCAAAGAUAUCCCUACAGGGAUUUUUUUAAUGAAUCCCAAUCAAUUGCUAAUAUUUUAAAUUUUAAAAAAAAAGAUUUAGAACAACAAAGAGUUGCAUAUUUUUUUGGACAAAAUUUUGAUUAUGUAAGAAGUCAAUGGGGUAUUUGGGCAGCAGGAGGUACAGCAGUACCUUUAGCAUUAUCACAUCCAAUUCAUGAAUUACAAUAUACAAUUGAGAAUUCAAAGAGUUCAAUGAUUUUAACCAAUUCAGAAAACUAUUCAAAAAUGAAAGAGAUUGGAACCAAUUUAAAUAUACCAGUGAUUGAAAUACCAAAAGUUGGUGAAUAUACAAUUCCCAAAUCACAAUGGUCAUCAAUGGAAGAUUAUAAACAAUAUUCAAUCGACUCGAAUAGAAAUGCAUUAAUAAUCUAUACAAGUGGUACAACAUCAAAACCAAAAGGAGUUGUGACAACACAUGCUAAUAUUGAAGCACAAAUUCAAACAUUGGUAGAUUAUUGGAAGUGGACUGAAAAAGACCACAUUUUAGAAGUGCUCCCACUACAUCAUGUCCAUGGCGUUAUCAAUGUAGUUUCAUGUGCUUUAUGGAGUGGUGCAAUUUGUGAAAUGAUGCCAAAAUUCGAUAGUAAACAAGUUGUGGAUAGAUUGCUAGAGAGUGGUAUUAGCACCGAUUUAGAUCAACCCAUUUCCUUGUUUAUGGCAGUACCAACCAUUUACUCAAAGUUAAUUAAAUAUGUCAAUGAAAACAUCACAGAUCCAACAGAGAGAUUAGCAAUUGAAAACGCCUUCAAACGUCUAAGAUUAAUGGUUAGUGGUUCAUCAGCUUUACCAGAAUCUGUUAGAAAUGAAUUUCAAGCUAUUAGUGGUCAAGUUUUAUUAGAACGUUAUGGUAUGACCGAAAUUGGUAUGGCACUUUCAAAUCCAUUAAAAGUUAAUGAAAGAAUUGGUGGUACUGUUGGUUUCCCUUUACCUGGUGUUCAAAUUAAAAUUCAACCAGAAUUAAAUAAUGAUGAUAAUCAAAAUAAUAAUCAAAAUAAUAAUGAUAAUAAUAAUAAUAAGGAAGUUGGUGAAUUAUUAGUUAAAGGACCACAAGUUUUUAAAGAAUAUUUUGAAAAAAGAAAAGCAACUGAAGAGGCAUUUACUGAUGAUGGUUGGUUUAAAACUGGUGAUAUCGUUGAGAAGGAUUUGUCAACUGGUAGAUUGAAAAUUUUAGGUAGAUCAAGUGUUGAUAUUAUUAAACGUGGUGGUUUCAAAAUUAGUGCACUUGAAAUUGAAAGAGAAAUCUUGGAUAUGGAUCCAAAUAUUCAAGAAUGUGCUGUACUUGGUUUACCAAAUGAUGAAUAUGGUCAAGAUAUUGCUGCAAUCAUUGUUUAUAAAAAAAGCAAAAAACAACCAAUGAGUUUUGAAGAAUUUAAAACCAAUUGUAAACAAAGAUUAGCACAUUAUAAAGUACCAAAUAAGUUAUUAAUUUUAGAAAAUGAAAUUCCAAAGAAUGCAAUGUCUAAAGUUAAUAAAAAAGAAUUACUAAAAUUAUUUUCUUAA